AGGUUGAUAAACUUCCUAUUCUUAUUAGAGAAAACAUAUAGGUUAACACUAGCUCAUCACAAAUAUAUUGAAUUUUAGAUAGAGUAGACGUUCGAAACGUACGUUACUAAUGAGUGCAGUUUCUGUUUUCUCCACAAUCCAUCAACUGUAUCUAUUAGAAAAAUCUAUAAAAGCAUAAUUCACAUCUAAAAACCUCUAUUGAUGCAGAGACGUCCACUCACUCGCAUAGAACUUGGAUUGCAAGACUUGAUGGAAUUUAAAAACUUCAUUGAUACUCAGUCUAAUGGAGACUGUGAAAAAGGUAGCAAAAGUACCAAGGAUUCUUUUGAAAAGGUACAACUUCGAGAAGCUGAAAGACGCAGAAAAAAUGCGCGCCAUCGGAUUGGUCUACCUCCAGAUUAUUAAGAGACUUUAAGACUUAGUGCAUAUAUGCUUCUGUGAAUCACUAUAAUCAAUGUUCAAUUUCAACCUUUUUUCGCUGGAACUACAUGUUUAUCGUUUGAAACUUCACGAAUAAUCGGUAAUUUAAAUAAAAUCGCCUGCUAACAGUCUGCGAAGUGGUUUGCAACGUUUAGUCGAAUUUUUCGGAAUACAAUUUGACAGACUACCUCAGAAAUUUCAACCAAAUUGUCAUAUUUUCUACAAUAAAUCUCAAGUUCUAAAGUGUCGCAAAAAUAAUCCACAGCACAACGCACCUCUGGUUCAUUUCUAGAAUGGGGACUAUAUCCUAGGUUUAGAAUGAAUUGAAUUAUCUAGGAUGUCAUAUCAUACUGAAAGUCUUCUUUCACUAAAGAAGGGAUUUAUUGUUGCGCCUAUUUUGGGAAAGGGCGUAGAUAAUGUACACGAAAAUGGUUUCGCCUCAGGUUGGUUUUAAGGUGCUUGUAAAAUAUUGACUGGAUCAGACUACACAAAUUAUCUAGACCAAAUACAACAAGCAGGUUUGAUUUUGUUCAGGCCAUCACAUCUCACUCUUUCUCAAAACGAUUAGGUAUCGUCACACGUAUCGCAUUCCUUAUAUCAGAAUUGCAGUCAAUUUAUUGAACAGAACUGUACUUUACAUUUAUACAUUAGAGAGGAAUGUAAUCGAGGCGGUCAUCUUAGAUUUUUUCACAGCUAUCCUAUUAGAGUGAUAACGUACAAUUAUCUUUAAAUUCUAGUCCAUAAUAUGAGUGCGUUUGAAUGAGGCUAACCAAUCUUGCUAAUUUUUCUGUAGCCUUAUAAAUGAUGAUAUUUCCCAAACAGCUUUGAAUAGAGUACGUGAUUGAAAAACAUAUUUACUUCUCGGAAUGUAAAUUAGUCGAUCGAUGAUCAGCGUUUCUGAUUAAUGACGAGUACUCUUGACCCUCAAAGCGCAAAAUAUAUCACAAGAGGGAUUUA